UGAGCGCAUUGAAACCUUGCGCCAUGUUACCGCGGGAUUCAGUCGCGCGCCAACUCUCGAAUCGUGCGUGAGUUUUGUCUCGUGUUUCUGUACGUUGCGGACCGUUGGCGCUGUUGAUAGAAAAAAUAAAUAAGAAAAAAAACAGAAGGCAGGUUUCGUGCGACGCUUCUCUCUCUUAUGUAUAAUAUUAUACGAUAAUAAGGAGAGGAGGUAAAAAUAGAGAAACGUUAAAAGAGCAAGAGUAAAAUUAUCAUUAAAAAAAGAAAUACAUAAUCGCGGAUACUUAUCCGAUGAAAUUGAAAGUAACGGAAGAGCGAGAUGUACUACCGUUGGCUAUAGAUAACAGACUCAUCAGCCGGGGGCAAUAACUCACACGUGUUCCUCAACUGCACGCAAUUUAAUAACAAACACGUAAAACGCGGGCUAAUUGUUGUGAGACGCGCGUGAAUGAGCUUGGCUACGCCUCCCUCCUACGACUGACAUUAUCGCGGAGGCGGGUCGUCGUCGAAGGCGAUCGAGAUACUCGCGAGUAAGAUAUUCGGUACCUACACGAACAGUGUGCGGCGAGGAGCGGAUACAGGUAUACGUGGUGAACCCUUGCCGCGAGGUGUAGAGAGUUCUUGUCAGUAAAACAAGAGAGUAUGAGGAAGAUUUUUUGUUCUCAGAUUACACAGUUGUAGCGUGAACGUGCGAACUCUUGUAGGUACACCAAUACUGCGCGCAUAUACGCAAGUGAAUAUCGUCGUACCUACUGCAUAAUCGAGGUUUUCAAGAAUUUUGAUAAAGUGACAGUUUGUUGAUUCAAAAGUUACCAGGCUUGUGUGUUACAUAUUCAUACGUAUAUCUGUAUAAAUUGACGUAUGCAAUAAGGAGGAAGAAAAGUCGUAAACCGUGCGUUCCGCAUCGGCACAUGCAGAGAAGAAGCUUGUAAGAGUCCAAGUCCGCGAUAUUAUGCGGGAGUGAAUAGAUCGGCGAAGUAGUUCGAAGAGUCUGUAAACGAUGGAAUCACCGGUGAUGUACGAAUCAGCUGCGCAUCAGGCGCAGUCCCAAGGUGUUCCGGCGGACCUUAAGAAAUCCUCCCAAGUGUUGAACAACAACUCGGCCCUUCAAGUGAACCACAACCAGCAGUCCGGAGGCACGGGCGGAACGGGGGUGAACAAGGUGUCGGCGAGCAAGGCGACCCUGAACCAGCAAUACGCCGAGCACUGCGCGGCAGCGGGCGAAUUGACGGACCUCAACACCCCCGAGAUAUCGCUGGACCUUCAGCAUCUGAUCGACGACUCGCACUUCAACGAUGGGCUCCUCGACAUGUUGGGGGGCGGUAACGGGAGCGGGAAUAAUCCCGGGGGUGGCGGCGGAGGCCCAGGUUCCAACGGAAUGAAGCACUCGCGGAACACCGGGUUCCCGGGGCGAACAACCCUCGCCUAUAUGCCACAGCCCGUACACAGCGGCGCGAGUUAUCACCAGGGAAGCAACAGCUGCAGCGACAGCAACAGCUCGAGUUCCGAGUCCCCCAGCAUAAAGGAAGAGCCCCUCGACCCCGCCGACUACCGGCGUCACUGCCCCCAGUACCCCGCAGGCGCCGGCGCCUACAGCCCGGCGAACGGCGCCGGUCCCUUCGCGAACGGGGGGCCGACCUUCACGACCUUGACUCCUAGCACGGUCCCAGGGGGUCACCAGCAGCCUCGGGGCCCCAUGAAGCCCGUGAUGUCGCACCAGCACCAGCAUCAGCACCAGCAUCCCCAUCAACACCAGCACCAACAUCAGCAUCAGCACCCCCAGCAUGCGGCGGCCGCUGCGGCCGCGGCGGCGGCGAGGAAACAGUCCAAGAGCAUCGACAAAGCGAGCGACGAGUACCGACGUCGCAGAGAGCGGAACAACAUUGCGGUGAGGAAGAGCCGCGAGAAGGCUAAGGUACGCUCGAGGGAGACCGAGGAGAAGGUAAAACUUCUCGUCAAAGACAACGAUCUGCUGAAAAAGAGGAUCGAACUCCUUACCGAAGAGCUAAGCGUCCUUAGGUCGCUAUUCAGCAGUGUUGGCGUCGUACCUGAGCAGCUACAGCGCGAAAUCUCGAGGCAUCUCGAUCAGUUCCAACAACACGCUGUGGGGCCCAUGUAGCAGCGGCCCCCGCGAUCCCCCCAUCAAAUCCCAUGCAAAGCCCGUUGCUCCAGCCCUCGAGCUCUAGCUUCUUUGCUCCGCCGUCCCCAGAGUCCGAGAAGCCUUUCGAGGAGACUCCAAGGAAUAAAGCUGCAGGAAAUUGGGCCCAAUUCGUCGCGCGACACCCACGUUUACCGUUACGCGCGGUCGUCUGUCAAUAACUGCGGCACAUUCAUCCAAUAAUAAGCAAAAAUUGCUAAACGAACAAUCAUACAGUUGUAUAUGUAUAUGUACAGUGAUUUAAUGAAGAACAGUUAUAUUAUUUAUACACUUAGAUACGACGGCCAUGACUGUAUGUACGGCAGGUAUAUGAGUUUCCUUGUAUCCAUGUAUUGCGUGUACAUUACGAACCGGCGAACAGUCGCGUAAACCGAAAGGAUUCGGACGUACGACGGGCCGAGUUUAAUCCGUUGAGGUGAUAACAUGUUUUGCGUUAACCACUCUCGAUUGACCGACCGCUUCACCGAAUCCUCAUGAUACGCGCAAGUACAUCGUUGAAUGUAUAAUAUGAAUGCUGCAGGGUAUAGUUGUGCGGUACAAUAGUGGUAUUGCAAUUACACAUACAUUUCAUUAUGCAUGCCUACCUACAUUAUUACGUUUAUAUGCGCGAAUGGAACAUCGUCACCUACACAGUUCCCGUAACCCUAUACCUAUCUACCUACUUACCUACCUACCUUCCUACCUACCUGGUAUAUCAAUCUAGUUGCGUGGGCAUUGAGAACUGGCGACGACGGCCUUCUCCGCUUUCAUUUGAUUAUUACAGAACCGACAUUCUAUCAUAGGUAUACUGCAGUUUUCUGUACUCUGCAAGAUGCAAUUGCUACGUCAACUUGAGCUCAUGUGUGUACCUACUACUUCUUAUACGUGUAUCAACGGUAGGGUUGUUCAACGAUCGUGCGGAAUAUCGAUGCAACGUGGCCGCUGCCAGCAGCCCGUACUAUUCAAUUCUCAGCUAGAUUUUACCUACAUACACCU